AAGUCGGAAUUUCAUGCCUCGCGCAUUCCAGAGCGGUCGAUAAAGUCGUUCGUAAGAAAACAGGAAUUAGAUUGAAGAGAGGUUAAUCAUGCCCCGAAGAAGGAAUAUUACAAUGUCACGCCGGAACAACGAGAAAUUAUGCUGUGGAGAGACGCGAAACGGAGAGAAUUGCGUGAAUUAUACCUGAAGGAUUCGGGACAUCCGACCAAGAGUCUCCUGUUUGACACAGGAUUACACAGAUUUGCUGCGACAAAAACAUCAGUAGAAAAAUAUUUUGUACCUACAGUGUUAAAUUAUGUUACAAGAGUGGGAUUUCUUGCGAGUUCUAUUAUUUUAACUGCAUAUUUUCUCAAAAAAAGAAGGGAUGCAAAAGAACAUUUAUAUCGUACUGGGCAAGUCAGUUAUGCAGACAGAGAAUUUAAAUUCGUUUAGAUAUAGUUGUAGAAAUAUUUAGCAAAAUAUAAGCACAGUUGUAAUGUAUCGCUGGAAUGUAUAGUGAAAUAAACUAUCAAACUACAAUACUAA